AUGUCAUUGGUUGUUGACGAGACAGUGGGGGACCUCCCAGUGAAAGAUGUGGGACUGCAACCCAACAUCAUCGCCGCAGUUCAAGAUGCUGUUCACAGUGUAAAAACUUGGAGGAAACCACAGGUUUUAAAAAUGAAAGAGUCGGAUGUGAAGGCCCGUCAGCGUGUAUCUAAAGUGACCCGCGAGGCCCUGGAGGAUCACUUCCUGCGUCAGCAUGAGGAGAACCUGCUUCUGAAACAACACAUUCGCAGACAAGAGGAGAAAAGCAAGAGGAUGGCUACAAAGCUGCUACGCCUGUCCAGUGGGGCUGGAAUCCCAAUCAGGGACUCUGAACUGGAGGAUAUGGUGGAGGAGCUACAGCACCGUGUCAGUUCACUGGAGCAACAGAGGGAGGCGCUACGCUGCAAGCUGAGUUCGGCCCGCCAGCUGCUGCAGAUCCAGGGGGACCGGCAACACUCUCCAUACAGUCACGUCCCCUCGCGAAUCGACAUGGGGCAGAGCAGCACACACAAAGGUCUGAGAAUUCAGGGCCCUAAUAUGGCGGCCAGGAGGUCGACUCAAACUGCCCCUCCUAGAUACAGACCCAACAUGCUGGACGAAGCGAGAGCUGAAAUCGAAAGACUUUAUUCCCAGCUGAGAGCCACGAUCAACGAGGCCCAGCAUUCAAAGAUGGCUGAGCUGGAACAGACAGCUCAGCUCCUGAAGGAGACUCUGAGAUCCAAGGAGUCUGCAAUUGAAGACACGCUGUACCAGUUGAGGAACCAUCAAGCAGAGGAACACAGGGUGACUAUCAGGGAAAAUGUGGAUCUGAUCAGACUGCAGAAACAGCUGUCAGACAAAAGUACUGCCCUGCUGGUAAUGCAGGAAAAGUGCAAGACACUGCAGGAGGUAUAUGAAACCCAACUGGAAGAGAGUCAGAAAGCCCUGAAACUGAGCCACGAUUCUUUACUGGAGAAAGCUGAGGAACUGACAGAGCAGCUCAAAGAAGAAAACCAGAGGAAUAUGACACUGGAGAGUCAGCUCGAGACUGCCACCAUCUCACAGCGAGCAUUGGAGGAGUUUCAGGACAGAAUCACUGACCUGGAGAAUGAGAAGUCUCUGCUUAAACAAGACUAUGACAAGCUGCUGGAAAGCGCUCUUGACCUGGACACUGAGAGGAGCUGGCGGGAGAGGGAGGCUGCUCUGAGGAAGGAGGUGUGCAGACUGGAGGACGCUCUCCACACCGAGCUGUCAGAGAAAAGACAGGCCCUGGAGCAGAGGGAGCGCGAGAGAGAGAUCAGUGAAUCAUUGCGAGAGAGACACUUGUCACUAGAACAGGAAAUCCUGAGGCAGAGAAAGGAAAUGACAUCACUGCAGCUGAAACUGGACUUCAUUACUAAGGAAUGUGACCUGAGUCUAGAAGACCUCAGUGAGACGCUCAUGCAAAUAAAGACAUUCCGACUACAGAGAGCUAACGAGCAGCUAGAAGACUCCCUACAGAAAGAGGAGGGUUGUGGGAAGGGGGAGGAUCUUUCACGCUCGUUUAGGGAGCUCCAGGCCUCCCAUGCAGAGACGAUCCUGGAACUGGAGAAAACCAGAAACAUGCUGAUCCUGCAACACAAGAUCAACAAGGACUAUCAGACGGAGCUACAGACAGUGAUGAGGAAUGCGGAGGCUGACAAGGAGGAGAGUGAGAGGAAGCAGGAGCAGAGCACUCGGCUGCUGGAACUCAGAGAAAAGCGGAUCCACACUAUGGAGGCCCAGCUAAAGGACAUUGCCUAUGGCUCCCGACACCUCAGACCCAAACUGGACGUACCAACUGGAACAAGCGGGGGUGACCUGGAAGAUACCAUCUCACUUCGGCGGGGAGAGAACCUGUUCGAACUCCAUGUGGGCGGGGCUUACUUCACUCCAGAGGGGCUGAGGAUCAUGGGCGAUGAUGACCCCAUGACCUUCUGCACAUACACCUUUUACGAUUUUGAAACCCAGGCCACACCGGUGGUGCGAGGGACCCAGCCGGUGUACAACUUCACCUCCCAGUACCCUGUGUCAAUGGAGGAGCCCUUCCUGCAGUACCUCCGCAGAGCCUCGGCCAGGCUGGAGGUACAUCAGGUCUGCGGGACCGACUUUAUCACCCUUGCUGCCAGCCAGAUCAGCUUGUCAGAGGUGCUGGAGAGCAGGACAGACAGGGUCCACAGCACUGCCACCUUAACAGGUUCUCGGGGUCAGAGCUGUGGGGUUCUGGAGUACUGGCUGCGUCUCAGGAUACCUGUGGAGCGCACAGUGAGACUGCACCGGGACAGGAUGACAGCGCUGGGGUACCUGUCCUCCCACAGAGACUGGCUGCAGGAAAGCCGCUCCUUGUCCUCCCAGCAUGCCCUGGGGGGUGGCGGUGGAGGGAUCUCGUGCGAGCUGGAGGUGUGCGUGGAGAGCUGCAGCGGGCUGAGCGCUCGCUGGCCGGGACUACUUCCGGAUGCCUAUGUGGUGUACAAUCUCUACAACCUGCCGGACCACGACUCGCCCAUCAUCCCUUGCAGUGCCGAUCCCGUCUUCAGAGAUCAGGCGACCUUCCACCUCCCCAUGACCUUUGACCUCCACAGGUACCUGAGGUUCGAGUCGCUGUGGAUCUACAUUUUUGACGACGCGGACUCUGAGCAGACAGCUUACCUGGGCAAGGCCAGUGUGCCCCUCAUCUCUCUCGCGCUGGGCAAGGACGUCAGAGGUGAUUUUAUUCUGCGAGACCCCGCUGGUCGACCCAGUGGCUCAAUCAAGGUGUGUCUGAGCUGGAAGUCCCUGUACCAGCCUCCAGGGACAGUGCUGAGGCAGGCAGCAGAGCCCACAGAGAAGCUACUAGAGAGGGAGAGAGAGCCCAGUGUGGGAGCACUGUCACGACACACACCCAUCGCCAAGCCCAGGACAAAGCUAGUGUCCAGUCUAGCUCAAGCCCCAACCAGGCUAAUGACUCAGACAGCAAAAUCCAUUCAGAACACCACAGCCAAACAGCAGGCUCGUCCCCCCUCAGCCCACGCUGUACCCCCCCGGCGCCCACCCUCUCACCGCAGGAAGAAACUACGCCUGGCCAUACCCCCCAGCAGCCACGACACUGUGAGAGGAGAGCAGGAGGAGGAGAGGGAAGUGACAGAGGAUGCCAUGGAGGAAGAGGAAGUGCAACAGGAAGAGAAAGCAGGACAGGAAGUGGAGUCAGAGUAUUCUGGGAGGAGCGAGGAAGCCCAUGCUUCUGAGGAAGUAAAAAAUGAACAAGCUCAGGAAGAGGCGUGUGAUAUCACUGCAGAGUCCAGCGAAUCACAGAGCACCGACAGUGAUGUCAUUGUCAUACCCCCUCACCGGCCAACCAAGCAGGGGUCGGAGCGUGUGCGCGUGGAGAUCCUGUCCCUGACUUUUGACCCCCAGUCUCCGGUCGCGCUGGACGAGGGGGUGCAGAGGGUGUACGUGGAGUACAGGCUGCUGGGGGUCCCCAUGGAGAUGACCGAGACCCCCAUAUCACUGAGGACCCCCAGAGAGGGGGAGGAGGUGCAUUACAACUUCACACGAGUGAUCUACGUUGACAGGACUGUGAACUCGGAGCUGCGGCAGUAUCUCUACACCAUGCUAGAAGGCACUGACCCCAACCAGGGCAGGUUAAAGUUCACAGUGGUGAGUGAGCCAAUGAAUGAACAGGAAGAGGAGUGUGUGGACGUUGGCUAUGCCUACCUUGACCUCACAGAGAUCCUGCUGACAGGAAAUGAUGUCAUUGAGCAGCAGAUCGACAUCAUCAGUGUGGGAGACCCAGACGAGUCGAUUGGGAAACUCAAAGUGUCUCUGGAAGCAGCCAAGACCUUCUGCAGCAUCUACUGGGAGUUUAAAAACCUCUGCAAGGAGGAGGAAGAGGAGCUCGACUGAGCGAGCCAGAUGCCCAUCGAGUUCUGCGGUAAAGAGCACAGCUCAGCUCAACCCCUGUUGUCAGAACAGUUGUUUUGUUAUUCUUAGUAUUUGUUCUCCUGCCCACAAGAGAGGAUCUGAGAAUUUAAACAGCAAUUGCUCUACAGUCUGUAUUUAGUCUGUCAAAUUCAGUUUUGGUCGCCUCACUACAAAAAAUACAUCAUUGCGCUCGAGAAGGUGAACUAUGCUGAACAAAAAUAUAAAGGCAACAUGUAAAGUGUUGGUUCCAUGUUUCAUGAGCUGAAAUAAAAGAUCCCA